AGAAACGUCUUUCGAACAAAGAGCUUAUUUUCUGAGAGAACAGUAGUCAAGUAAAAAUUUAAAGUCCUUUUAGAAGAUGUUACGCAACACGUGGCCCUUGAUAAAGGCUGUUCCUUUAGUGAUAUUUACAGUGAUCUUAUUCGUCCAUAUUUGUUAUGAUUUUGAAAAUAAAUUUACAAGGAAUUAUGUUCCAGCAACCGCGAACCUUUCCAGUAUAAGCUGGACGAGAAACACAGUGAAGAUAAAGUUCAGACACUGUAAAGCUCUCUUUAGCCUCGAGAGUCCAGCACCUGAAGAGAAGAUUGGAUAUAUUUAUACGGAAAAGAUUCUUCCCAAUGAAACGGUUGGAGAUGUACUCCAUCGAAAGGAAGGCACAAAGAAAAAGGAAGAAGUGACAGGCAUUUAUCGUGAUAUCAACGACGUCUUGAAGAAGAUUCUGAACUUAAAAUAUUCAGAGCCCGAGAAAUAUCUCGAUGAGGCCUAUCACCUCCUGUCUGAAUUGUUACCUGGCGUUGCUGAAUACGAUUCACCCUCCGAGAAUGAACGCGAGUCGCAGGAACAACAAAAUCAAUCCAGAAAUGAACCAAAACGCAAAACUGAUCGAAGGACAAAACAUGUUAAACAGAGAACCUCUUCCAGAAUCGUAGAAGGGACGCUUCCAUUCGUUCCCUGUUCCAUCAGAGGCUACGAGGACAAACGCCAGGUCUUCACCUGCUUCCAAAAACGGAUCGACGUCCAAGGCUCUCUCUCCAUCCAUUUCUUUGGGGACUCCAAGAUACGAUUUCUUGUACACCAGUUUUUGAAAGAAGCUGACGACGUGUUUCAUUUCGUCAUUGUCGAGAAGUUGGUGUUAAAUCAGCGUCAAUAUAAUAUAACUCGACCAUGGCCUGACGCCAAAAGUGACCUAAUUAAGGAUUUCAAAUGGAUAGAUUUCGAAGUAAUUACUCCAGCCUUGCCCCGCUUGCAAAUAACUUUCAGGGAAGUAUACUCUCCUUUCUGUGCCGGAUCUAAGACACAAUAUCGCUGCUUUUAUUUAUUUUUUUACAUUUUCCGUAAGUUUAUGAAUUCGCCGGAUAUUCGACGAGACCUGCCCGAAAUUCGGCAGCUGAAGAAGUGGGCCAAUUAUGAGGAAACGCCACCAGACCUUUUGAUCAUUGACUAUACUGCCUGGGCUCUUACCUUGCACACCGAUGACAAAGUCAUUCCACAGGCAACCAGACACACCACUGACGUUUUGGCAGUUCUGCUGGAAAUGCACGCAAAGGUAGUUCCCCUUCUGGACAAGAUAUCCAAGAGGACAAGGGUUCUGGUGCUAUCACAAAGUCGAAUGAAACUAGAUGUGGAGAAUCUCCUCAUGAAUUACCGUGGUGCAAUGGCUGAUUUUAACAUGGACUGGAGUGAAGCAACAUUCUUGUACAUUCUGAAACACUAUCACCACCUGAAUAGACCUUUGUUGGAAUCUCGCCGGGCUAAAGCAAAAGAAAUGUUGCGAAUCUCAGAAGACUAUGUUGAAGAUUACAAAGCUCAGAUGUCCCAGUCUGCUGACAUGAAUCCAUCUGCUAUUUGGUAUUUUUUCCAAGGUGUGAAAAAGGCUGAAAACGAAUCUUCCUCGAGUUCAAAGUUGUCGUAUUCAGCACAAUCGAAAAAGGGGUCACCUGGGUCUGAUGCGGAUAUUUUUUCAAGAUAUCCUCAAGUCGCUCGGGAAAAGUUGAAGAAAGCUCCUGAGACUACGCCAUUCCGUGAUUAUCUCAUCCCUUCAACAGAGGAAUCAGGACUGUGGUUUUGGGAUACCCUAAUUCCCUUCAGCUUGGCAGAGAUUAGGGAAUGUCAUGAAAUGUUCGAGAGAGGAUAUGGUAACCAGCCUUUCUACAAGGGCAGUGCCCGGAGGUGUAAUGACCCGACUCAUUCAGGGGACAUCACCAAUAGUGACUUAGUUACGAUGAUGCUCAACCUCUUAUGCAAUACCGUUUUAGAAGCAGAAGGAGAUUAUUGCUGUUCAUGACUAUUUUUUUUUAGUUUACAUUUUACUUGUCUUCUUGACUAUUUGUAUUACUCAUUUCUAAUGAUGGUUAGAGUUAUGCUAUUGACAAUUGGAUCAUGGAUAUUUUUGUUUUACCUAUUUUUCAUUGUGAACCCUGUGAUAUGAAAUAAUAUGUUCCAUUACAAGACUCCGCAAUUCCGUGUCGGAUUCAUGGAACACCUUGUUUCAUCUCCACAUGAUCCAGAUUAUUUUUCAUUUUAUUAUCAUUGGCCUUUAGUUGACUCAAGUUUUUACAUUGAAUGGAACCCUUCAUCUUUUUUUUUUUUUUUUUUCCUUUUCUGUCAUUUGUAA